AUGGACCAUGAGCCAGCCACAGCACAUUUUCGUCAAGACAUACCAGGUUCCGUGAUUCAAAAGAUCCUCUUGGUCCUCCCAGUCACAGUCGUCAAUCUGGAGCUCGAUUUAGAAGGCGCUGAGGAGAUCCCUUCAGAUGCCCACCACACUAGCAAGACAACGUGCAAUGGCGUUUGCGACGCUAUCGCACAACUGCUGCCUCGUCUACAUACACUUGCCCUCGGCCUAGCUCAUAUCUGCGAAGAUACCGUGGCUCCAUUCACCGACUUGGUUAGCGGCACAGAGAACUCUGAGAAAUCCGGAGAAACAUCCCAUCAAGCUACUAUAUAUCCUCUCCGUCAUGCCGUCAUAUUUCCACACAAUAAUAGUGCUGGUUUCCGCUCCGAGUUUACCGACGGCUUAGCCAAACAGAUAUCACCUUUCUACAAUCCACGCCGGUUUCCCCAUCUCCAGUCCUUCGUUUUCAUCGAGCUUAAAGAUAGCCAGCCUGGCGCAAGUUGGCAUAAGUACAUCAUUCAAGAUGUUAUAAACAACACCACAAAAUUUGAUAUACUCCGUGGGAAGGAUUUACACAGCGCGAUGAUAAGGCGACCAUGGCUCCAGGGCCUCCAUCUACCUCUACCCUAUCCAGCUCCAAUCCAUCUAGCUCUAGAUCUAGCUCAUCCAGCUCGAGCCCAUCCGACUCCAGCCCAUCCAGCUCCAGCCCAUCCAGCUCCAGCCCAUCCAGCUCCAGCCCAUCCAGCUCCAGCCCAUCCAAUUCCAACCCAUCUAAACUAUCUAUAUCCAGCUUAA